UUGUUUCCUUCCACUUUCACUGUGAGGACGAGAAAUUGAUUUUUAAUUUAUUUUAAUCACUUUCAUCAUCGAGGUUUAAUGUUAAUGUGAGAAUUAUCAUGAUUUAAGUUAUUUAUAGGUGUUGGGAUAUAAGAUGAGAUGAGACGCCAACAGAAGCAGGUUAAAAAAAAAUGAUGGGACAUCGACUACACUUCAACCAACAUCUCUCCCCUCUGACACAACUGGAAGUAACACACAGGAAAACACCAGCUAACUAGCCUAGCUAACUAGCCUAGCUAACUAGCCUAGCUAACAUCACUGGGAUCACAUGAAGAGAUGGAAGGAUUUGAGGAAGUCUACAUUUCUCCGAGACGUUCGAGUUCCUUCAAGAACUUCAAGAUCAAGUAGAAGAACUGACGGAGUCUGGAAGCCUCCUCCCACAGUGAACGGCGGAGCCCACAUUUACAUUUACACAUUUAUUUUCAAGCUGACGUCACGUCCAACAGGAAGCAGCCCCAUGAGCCAAUCAUGUCUGAGGUGGUAGUAUCGUCCUUAUUUGGGGGAAGGCUGAAGUUUACAGCAUCGCCUUCAGUCAGAACGAACGAAGGAAGGAAGGAGGAGGAGGAGGAGGAGGAGGUCGCGUCAGGACGAGCUGAAGAGCUUCUGUUCUGAUCGUCCAGGAUCCAGAACGCGAUGACGACUCCUCGGGAAGAGCUCUGGGAAACUCUUCAAGACCUGGACAAGGAAGAAUUCAAGCAGUUCAAGUGGUUCCUGAAGGACCGGGACAUUGAUGACGCUUCCUUGGCCAUUCCUGUGUCCAAACUGGACGGGACGGACCGGCAGGACACGGUGGAUCUGAUGGUUCAACACUAUGGCAGCUCUGGGGCUCGGGAGAAAACCGUGAUGAUCUUAAAGAAGAUCAGGAGGAACGAUCUGGUGCAGCGUUUGUCAGAAACAAACUCAAACCUCAGGAACGUCGACUCGGUUUCUCUCAGCAUCGAACACAAGAGAAAAAAGGCCAAACUGGAGCAGGUGCAGGCAGAAAUUAAGCUGAUAAUUGUGGACAUGGAGAAAACGAUCGGGGAAAUCAAACACUCGGUCGAGCUAAGCAGGAAAUCUGCAGAGCGACAGGUUGCUGACGCCGUUCGGGUUUUUGAGGCGCUGCUACGAUCUGUCGAGAAGAGUCAGACUAACCUCGUCAAUGUGAUCAAGGAAACGCAGAAAAAGACACAACAGGAGGCGGAAGGAUACGUCCGAGAGCUGGAGAAGGAAAUCUCCAAGCUGAACAAGAGAAGCGCUGAGGUGGAGCAGCUUUACAGCAGCAAAAACCACGACGACUUCGUGCAUCGCUUCUCGUCUCUGAGCGUUACUCCGCCCGUUAAGAGGUGGACGGAAACCGUCGUCCAUCAGCCAACGUACACCACCUCCAUUAUGACCACUGUGAAGCAGCUAAAGGAGGAACUCUGCAAAAAGACGGACAUGUUCCUGAAGAGGGAGUUCGAAGUGGACGUGACUCUAGAUCCAAAUACAGCAAAUCCUCAUCUCAUUCUGUCCGGUGACGGGAAACAAGUUCACUGUGGUAAAGAGCGACAAAAUGUCCCAGACAACCCGCAGAGAUUUGACCGAGCCAUCAACGUCUUGGGGAAGCAGAGCUUCUCCUCGGGAAGAUUUUACUACGAGGUUCAAGUUAAAGGGAAAACCUCCUGGGAUCUCGGCGUCGCCAAAGAGUCGGUCAGCAGGAAGGGGCCGAUCACAGCGAGUCCCAAGAACGGGUUCUGGACGAUAGGUUUAAGGAAAGACGGGAAGUUCCAAGCGAACGGCGUCUACCUCGAUGUGAAGAGUCACCCGGAGAAAGUGGGAGUGUUUGUGGAUUACGAGUACGCGUCGGUUUUCUUUUAUGACGUGGACUCUGCAGAACUCCUUCACCGUUUAACCGAGUGCUCCUUCACAGAGAAACUCCACCCCUUCUUCAGUCCAGGGGUUCACAAUGACGGACGAAACUCCGCCCCUCUGGUCAUCUCCUCACCACAGUGACCAGGUCAGGAUGUAAAAAAUAUACUGAGUGACAGGUUUUGCCACUAGAUGGAGCCAUUUUACUCUCUGUUGAACUCAGGUGUUACAAUAAAUAAUGUCAUGAACAUCA